CUCAUUGCAUUGAUGUGUUUUUGUGUCCUUCAAUUUAUCUCUCUGUCCCACUCUCUCCAUCACCUUUAUUCAAAUAUCUCUGAGUUUUUUUUUGAGUAACUCUGUUGUCUACAUAUGCAGAAAACUGGAAUGUACCAAAACCACAUGAAAGACACCAACAACAACUGCAACAAAAGCCUUCUUUGUGAUCACAAGGAAAAGCUUUUCCAGGCUAUUAAAAGAAUCAAGCAUGAGGUAGACCAGUGCAGAGAGGCAGAGAGAGAAACGUACAUAGAUUCAGUGGAAGUAGAGAUUUGAUGAUCUGGAACGGGAAAUCAAGGCUGAGUUUCAAAACCUCCACCGCUUCCUGGAUGAGGAGGAGUGCAGGGAGUACGACCGGCUGAGGAGGGAGAGACAGAAGCAAGUGAAGCAGCUGAAGGAGAGAGAAAAGAAAAUAGUUGAGCAAGGGAGGGACCUGGACAAAGCCAUCAUGGUGCUCAAUAGCAAACUGACUGAGGAGGACAGUCCCAAGCUGCUCAAAUGUGUCUGGUUGGUUGACACAUCGCCAUCCAUCACUCAGUCCAUCCAUCUUCCCGCUGUCUCCAAGCAGGUCUCAGAUUAGUUUCAAGCCUCCAGCUGAAGUGGACACCGAGGUGCGCUCUGGGCAGUUCAUAGGACCCAUCCAGUACAGAAUAUGGAAGCACAUGAAGAGCUGUCUGUACCCGGAUAUCACGCCAAUGACCUUUGACCCCGAAACAGCCCAUCCGAACCUGUCGCUGUCCCAGUCCUUGACUUCAGUCUGGUAUGAGGAGGAUAAAGACACGACGGAUUGCCCGGCCAACCCGCGACGGUUUCACUAUUACUACUGUGUGUUGGGCCACCAGCGCUUCAUCAGCGGCCGGCACUACUGGGAGGUGGAAGUGGCUGGGAAGACAGCGUGGAGGCUGGGCGUGGCGAGAGAAGACGUCCCCAGAGGGGAGAUGCAAACGACAGGAACCUCCAACGGUCUGUGGACACUGGCCCUGAAGGGAGGGUCCGUGAUCGCGUGCACCGACCCGAAGCCCACCAAGGUCACCGUAUCGCUCCGCCUCGUUCGCGUCGGUGUGUUUUUAGACUGUGAGAAGGAAGAGGUCACUUUCUACAACGCUGUAACCAUGGCGCCCAUCUACACGUUCUCCAUGGAAACUGUAGCAGGCCCGCUGUUCCCCUUCUACAACCCCUGUGAUGAUGACGAUGGAAAGAACACGGCACCGAUUAAAGUUUUCACUCCUUCGCUAUAAGAAGUUCAACCCGUUCAGACCUGAAGUAGCAUUUAUACCAAGCCCUGGGGAUUAUUUGAAAAAAAUCUUCUGAAAGGAUGAAGAGAAACCUCUGAAUGUGGUGUUUGCACUAGCCUAUCAGCCUGUGACUCAUUCAUGGCCUAAGAUAAACAUAACUUUCCGUUAAGGCACCCGUUCAUUAUUGGGUAG